AUGCCACUGAGACAAGACGAGGCCGUCGAUGUACACAGUUGGCUCUCGGAGCCUGGCGACUAUGCUUGCAGCCUUGGGAUCGUUGGGUCAUUCUACGGGGCCAUCUUCGACCUCUUUGGCAAACUGGUAAAGGCUGUUCAACUCUGCGAGAAGUCACGAAAUUUGGCUUCAGAGACUGCUAGACCAUAUAGCCAUGAGCUGCGCCGGCUGUAUCUCUGGGGCGACGGGUUCUCCGUGGAAGAAGGCCAUCUUGAUGAGAUCCUGACCAACGCCUCCGAACUUCGUCACAAUGUCCUGUCACUCUUGUUUCAGCUAAGUCGGGUACUGUCGUCAGAAUUUGAUCGUGUUGUGGGGUUGGACAAAAGUCAACUUCAAGGUCUCUCCGAAGACAUGGCGGAUCUGGGGCGAAUGCAGGAACAAGUCGGCCUCACCUUGCAGGACUCGAGCGCAACCCAGAUGAAUCCUUCAGCGGACUGGGACUCAGUUUCUGAUUCGCGAUCCUCAGAUACAGGCCAGGAAAACCUCGAAGAUAUUUCCACGUACAUCGACUGCUUGAUGGAUCUCAGCCAGGCAGUGGAGCACCCGGCAAUGGACCUCUUUGACGACCCAGACGAGGAGUCGCAACAGGAAGCCGAAUUAUUUGACGUUUCUACCCCUCAAGCCCUUAGCUAUUGUCGGAAGAUAAGGGACCGAUUUCCUAAUCUUCCGAGAUACUUGGUGGAAAGACUUGGAGAAUUAAACGCGGAACGGGCUCUUUGUAUAUCGCGCGCAGAAGCGGCGAGAGACCUGGAGCCAGGCACCGUCAGGAUCUCAGAUAAAGCCGAAGGGGGUCUUGAUAACAAGUCUAUUACUAAUCCACCAACCGAGUCGCUCUUUUCGAGCACAAAUCCUCGUCUAACUGAAACAACAAAGUCGACAAUGCCAACCGAGUCAAGCCUUAGUGCCUCUCCCUACCAUCCUGAGGGCGUGAAAGGUCAUUUGGCACCUUCGGCAGCGGCGAUGAUUGCCAGGAGCAAAAAACCAGCUAUGAAACCGCUAUUGUCUCUGGAUUUUGACGACACAGCGUCAGUGGCUACCUUUGCCUCAUACUCUACCACAGCAUCGGCACUCAGUCAGGGACGACCCAGGAUACCGCCUUUGCCCGAAGCCGCCGAGACCAGUGGCACGUUUGACUGCCCAGCCUGCUGGCGGGGACUACGAGGACCUAUGACCCGUACUCAGUGGAAACAACAUAUCUUCGACGAUCUCAUGCCGUAUUGUUGCAUUCAUGAGGAAUGCCAGGACGUUUGUCAACCAUUUCAAAGGACAAAGCCCUGGGCAAUGCAUCUGCAAUUCCACAUGGGACUAAUCGCUUGGCCGUCAACUUGCCCAUUCUGUGGCCCCGAAUCAAAGCGUCUUGACCGCGAGGCGUUCUUGAAACAUGUCAGCAGCCACCUUCGUGAGGUGUCAUUAGCGGUUCUUCCUCAUGCAGCUCGUGAAAGCGAUGAUGAAGACAACAUUCGCGAUGACGAUUCGUCACUCCUUAGCUUAACUAGCCACCGAGCCGCCAAGAUCGCGGGAACCCCAGGGAAGGUUGAGAGUGAUAACGGCGAUUACAGCAGAAUACCAAGCCCCGACCUUCCCCGUUCAGACUCUAUACUCCUUUUAGAACAUGGGAGUCCACGUGAUGCCCGAUUGGAUAAGGAAGACGGGGAUAAUGGGGAUGAUCCCGAGAGUUUGUCUACAGUGAUAUUUACUUGCGAACUCUCCAUCUAUUCGAGAUGCAACUUUGCCUCAACAAACAGGGAGUUUUGGAAGACUCAUGUGCGAAGUCAUUUCGAAGGAAGAAUCCCUUGGGAGGGGCCGUGGGAAUGCUGGUUCUGUGACAAAGAAUUCGACCAAGUGGUCGACUCGCAGGAAUAUGAGCAGGACAUGGAUGUCAGGGAGCCGCCGUACCUAAACAUCCCUCAAUUCUACGAAAGACUAGAUCACAUUGCCGAUCAUUUCGUCAACGAGGGUCGCGAAAUCGAGAACGCCCGGCCAAGCAGCGGUCUACUCGAAUGGCUCGGCCCAGAACCACAAGCGCCCUUGAAGCUGACUAUGACUCGCCUAUGCACUCGUUGUGGUACAACAUCAAUAUGGGACCCAGAAGUGGUAAAGGGCUGGACGGAAACGUGUGAUGAAUGCGACUUUCGCUCGAAGCCGCAACUGAUGUAUCAAUAUUCAGGCGAAAUACCUAAAGGCUCGAGAUGCGCGACAGAGCCAUUCGGCGGUCCAAAGUGCGACCACAAGUGGGCGCAGGCUGGGCACAAGCGCUAUUGCCUCAUUUGCGAGGUUGCGAUUGACCCGAAUUCCUGGGAUCAUAUGUAUGUACAAAAUGCCAGAGGCGGUUGGACGGCGUGUUGCUACUGUGGGAUUAUGUUGGCAGAAUCCUCUUCAGUCAACAACAACCGGCCUCUGACUCCCGAAUCAGUUGAUAUGGAGGAGGUUAGAUCAGAGACAGAGGUUAGAUCAGGAACACCAGAGUUCAAGGACACGAAGAAAAAGGGAGCAUUUGCUCGAUUCGGCGAGCGGUUCAAGCGGCGUUAA